UCGAGGUACCCACUUCUCCUAUUAUUACUUCCAUAGCUCCUAUUACCACAGCUACUACUGAUGUACCCCCUGAGUCGACACAUAUGAGUUCUCCACCAUUGAAGACACACACAAAUGGUACUCAAUCAACGCAGGGAUCAGGUACCGAGACAGUUCCUCAAACCACUCUUGCACAGGGGUUGUUGGCUGAGAUCAGCUCAGAGCGACAUAGUGUCAAGCAUAUGCUGAUUGAUCACUUUAAGAAGGACCAUGGAAUGAAAGUUGGAUCUACCAUGAGAUUUGCUAUUGAGGACUUGGUUUUUAAGCUCUUUGGAGAGGGACCUUCUGUAAGUAAGACUCCUACGCAUACACCUUCACCUGGUCCUUCUAUCACAGCUCCUACACACAAUAAGGUGAAAGAACAUAUACAGAGAGACAUGGAUGGCAUGGGACUUGGAAACUGCAUGCAAAAUGCAGAGGACGAUGUCCCUACAGCAAGCAGGUCAAUCUCCCAUGAUUCAGAUGUCGUAGCACAGAACACCAUGAGAUUAGACGCACCUACGACUAGUACAAUGAGAUCAGAUGCACCCGCUUUUCGCCCGACAUUCAGUGCACCACCAUCUGAACAGUUCUUAUCACCAAAGCAGGCUCCUACACGCAGGCGAGACCCCUCUCCAACAAGUGAGCCAGACAUCGCAGACUACUAUGAUCCGGAAAUGUUUCAAACCAGACGCAUGACCCGAUCAAUGUCUAUGUACUACCACCCGAAGAUUUACCCUCGGGAAUACCCUUAAGUACCUUUCAUUUGUUUUUGUUCGUAUCUUGU